UGCGAAGCUGUGGAGUCUCAUUAUUAUAUUGGUGGCUAGUUCGAGGAGAUGCUAUAGAAAUAAGAACCAACACGAUCCUCCAGAAACACCUGGGAUUGCAGCACAAUAAGCCACAUACAGACACAUGAUAUGCUCGUUGUAUUUUAUGGGGAUGUGUUCAAGACGAGAGAGAAUACAAAAAGAUGUCGAUAUCGUUAUCCAAAGGUGCGAGGCAGAGCAAGAUUGCCUCUUUUCUGACUUCCGAUUUACAGACGCCACGUUCACGUUUACAUUUUCAAAUGGAUCUAAAAGGGUUUCAUAUUCUGUGCAUGUUUCUGAAGAUUACCCAGAUAAUACCUGUGUGUCUAAUUCUGAAAACAUUGAUGAUGUUUUGGUUACGAGGGAUCCUAUUCCUGUAAUUUUCCACAGAAUAACAACAGAAGUUAGAAUCAACAGCAAUGCCACAAGCUGCCUGCCUUUCAAAUCAAAACUUGAGAUUGACAAAAACCAGUUCCAUAGUAACGUGGAGGAGGAUUCUGAAGGAGAAGAUGAUUCUGAUGGGUACUACUAUGGGGGUCAGGUGAACUAUGCGGGAGAGCUUUGCAAACACCCUCAGCUGGAGUCUGACCUGGCUGCCGUGAGGGCGCUAUACGGACCCAACGCUGUAUCUCUCAGGGAAUAUGAUGCAAUUGAUGAUGUUGACAUAGAUUUACGUAUUGAUGUCAGUUUCCUAGAUGAGGACAUUGCCUGUGCCUGGGAUCUGAUCCGCAGAGAGGCACUGAUCAUUCGGCUGCAUUGCUCCCUCUCACAGUACCUGAACGGGCCAGAACCGACAGUUGAUGUGUUCCAAGAGUCGACAAAGGAAAGGUUUGGAAUUAGACAUCAGCUGAAACAAAUAAUGCAGACAUUUGUCAGACAGCAGUGCAAGUAUCACUGUGAAGAAAAACUGAACUGCUCAGUCAGCAAAAAGCUGUCCGAUAAGACGGUGAAAUCACCACUGCACAUCUUUUCAACCCUGCGCAGGUCACCCAGCUACCCCCCUUAUGGAUAUGGAAAGGCUAAUAAGAAGCUGAAGUCUGAAGCGGACGCAGUGUCAGAGUCAGAGUCAGAGGCAGAGCUGCUACACACAACCCAGGACGGCUGUGCCGGCAGGCCCCACAGAGCCCUGGAGCUGCAGAGUGAGCUGAGCCCGUCCGUCAGGCCCAGAGCGCUGUCCGAGUCCUGCCCCACCGCGGGGGAGACGGAGGACUGCGCCUCCCUGCGGCCCCACAGCUUCCUGGACCAGCUCCAGGAGCCCUGGGAACAGGACGCCAGCGGCCUCCUCUGGGGCACCGAGGAGCAGGACCUCCAGCACCACAGGCUGGGCAGGCCGGAGCCGGGCCCAGGGCCGGAGGGCCGGAGGCUCUCUCUGACCUCAGGACUCCUGGGCGUGCUCUCUGCAGCGCCAAACUAUGGUGCAAAAUCAAUACCAGUGAGAGACCAAGGCUUCCUUGUCCAGACCAUGAAAUAUGCAGAGCAGAGGAUCCCGGUUCUUAGUGAGUACUGCGUGGUCUGUGAUGAAGCUCACAUCUUUCUGAAUGGGCCGAUGCUUCGACCCACAGUUUGUGAACGUGAGUUGUGCGUGUUUGCCUUCCAAACGCUGGGAGUCAUGAAUAAAGCAGCAGAUGAAAUUGCCACAGGAGCUCAGGUUGUGGACUUAUUGGUCUCCAUGUGCCGAUCUGCAUUACAAUCCCAAAGGAAGGAUAUCGUUUUUAGCCCUUAUCCUUCAGUUGUUGACCCCAACAAUCGUCAUACACUGGCCUUCAAUCCCAAGAUAAAGGACUAUGAUCGAGUUGAGAGAGCCCUUGGUAACAUUACAUCAAUCAGAGAAAUGACCCAGACACCGUGCUUGGAAAUGAAGAAACAGUUGGACAAACGUGAUCCACUAGCAUAUCCUCUACUGCAAUGGGUGAUAUCCAGCAACAGAUCACACAUAGUUAAACUCCCAGCAAGCAGACAACUGAAGUUCAUGCGCACCCCUCACCAGUUCCUCCUCCUCUGCAGUCCUCCAGCCAAAGAGUCCAACUUCAGAGCUGCCAAAAGGCUUUAUGGCAGCACCUUUGCUUUUCAUGGGUCUCACAUUGAGAAUUGGCACUCCAUCCUGAGGAAUGGCUUGGUUGUUGCCUCGAAAACGAGGCUCCAGCUCCAUGGAGCUUCGUAUGGGAAUGGUAUCUACGUCAGCCCAAUGUCAAGCAUUUCCUCUGGUUACUCAGGGAUAAAUGACAUAUGGCUGAAAAGUGCACCAAAGGAUGCAGCAGCAAAUUACAAGACCGACACACAUGUGCAGUCUCAGGGGAAGGGAGACCAGCCACUGUUUUUGCAAGACAGGAAUCUGAAAUGCAUAGCCUUAUGUGAAGUUAUCACUUCUCCUCAACUGAAGAAACAUGGUGUAAUCUGGGUUGUUCCAGACACAGACAAUAUCUGUACCAGGUUUUUCUUUGUUUAUGAGUAUGGGCUGCGUGGUAAUCCAAACGUCAAUACGCAAGAUGACAGUGUCAACAGGGAGAUACUGCGUGUUAUAGGGAACCAGACUGCCACUGGAUGAGAAUGAUGAACAUACCCUCUUCUUCGUCAAAGCUGGAUUUUGAGCUAAAGAAGUAACAAUAAUCUGUGGUGGGUUUCCCGAUGUUGUUUUUCAGGAUUAAUGACUGUGUUUUACAAAGUAAUUGCGUGGGUUUCCCAAAUGCAAUCGUUAGACGAACUCUUGAGAGGAAUUUAGCAAACGCUUUCCUGCUGAAGCAUGCAUCGUUUAUAAAACCAUGUCAAGUUUGCCCAUCACUUGUUUUUAGCAAAUAAACACUGAAAAAUGAAGUGCAUAAUAUACAGUGGUGUGAAAGUGUUUGCCCCCUUCCUGAUUUCUUAUUUUUUUGCAUGUUUGUCACACUUAAAUGUUUCAGAUCAAACAAAUUUCAAUAUUAGUCAAAGACAACACAAGUAAACACAAAAUGCAGUUUUUAAAUGAAGGUUUUUAUUAUUAAGAGAGAAAAAAAAUCCAGACCUACAUGGCCCUGUGUGAAAGUGAUUGCCCCCUAAACCUAAUAACUGGUUGGGCCACCCUUAGCAGCAACAACUGCAAUCAAGCGUUUGCGAUAACUUGCAAUGAGUCUCUUACAGCGCUGUGGAGGAAUUUUGGCCCACUCAUCUUUGCAGAAUUAUUGUAAUUCAGCCACAUUGGAGGGUUUUCGAGCAUGAACUGCCUUUUUAAGGUCAUGCCACAGCAUCUCAGUAGGAUUCAGGUCAGGACUUUGACUAGGCCACUUGAAAGUCUUGUUUUUCUUCAGCCAUUCAGAGGUGGACUUGCUGGUGUGUUUUGGAUCAUUGUCCUGCUGCAGAACCCAAGUUAGUUUCAGCUUGAGGUCACAAACAGAUGGCCGGACAUUCUCCUUCAGGAUUUUUUGGAAGACAGCAGAAUUCAUGGGUCCAUUUAUCACAGCAAGUCUUCCAGGUCCUGAAGCAGCAAAACAGCCCCAGACCAUCACACUACGAUGUUCUUUUUCUGAAAUGCAGUGUUACUUUUACACCAGAUGUAAUGGGACACACACACCUUCCAAAAAGUUCAACUUUUGUCUCGUCAGACCACAGAGUAUUUUCCCAAAAGUCUUGGGGAUCAUCAAGAUGUUUUCUGGCAAAAUUGAGACAAGCCUUAAUGUUCUUUUUGCUCAGCAGUGGUUUUCGUCUUGGAACUCUGCCAUGCAGGCCAUUUUUGCCCAGUCUCUUUCUUAUGGUGGAGUCAUGAACACUGACCUUAACUGAGGCAAGUGAGGCCUGCAGUUCUUUGGAUGUUGUUGUGGGGUCUUUUGUGACCUCUUGGAUGAGUCGUCGCUGCGCUCUUGGGGUAAUUUUGGAUAAUGGCUCUCACUGUGGUUCACUGGAGUCCCAAAGCUUUAGAAAUGGCUUUAUAACCUUUUCCGGACUGAUAGAUCUCAAUUACUUUCUUUCUCAUUUGUUCCUGAAUUUCUUUAGAUCUUGGCAUGAUGUCAGGUUUUGAGGAUCAUUUGGUCUUCUUCACUUUGUCAGGCAGGUCCUAUUUAAGUGAUUUCUUGAUUGAGAACAGGUAUGGCAGUAAUCAGGCCUGGGUGUGGCUAGAGAAAUUGAACUCAGGAUUAAACCACAGUUAAGUUAUGUUUCACACAGAACCAUGUAGGUUUUGAUUUUUUUUCUCCCUU